AUGGCCCACGCAAAAGCCCAGGACGAGCUUCAAAAGCGCUACGAAGACGGGCCCCAAUCUCUGGAUGAUCCCGAGGUGGAACACAUGAUCAGCCAGGCGGAUGAGAUGAUGGAAAAACCGGCACGGAUGCUCAUCGCACAAGCAGGGUUAGGACGCUCCAACACUACGGGCUUCAAUCUUCUUGACCAUGGAUGUGGCACAGGUCUGAUCGCAUCUUGUCUUCAAGGAGUGAUCCAGCCGUCAGUCCUGUCUUCCCAAGCACUCAUUGAGUCAUUCCUGCGUGAUACACUUCGCAUUAUUCGACCCAUUGGCCUUGUGGCAUUCAGUGUGCCGCAUGCCAGUAACGGUCAUGAUGGCGGAUGGGUACCAGAUCUCCGAUCAGCCCUCGAAUCUCUCCCCUUCCAGACGUCGUUUCCAGACCCGAUGCCGGUCGCCCUUCACGGUAAGCCAGAAUGGGUAGAGCCUGAAGGUAUUGAAGCGGAGCUGGUCCGUCACGGCUUCGUACAUAUCAAGGUCGAAACUGUUGAUCUCAUUCAUCCUGUUGUCAGUGCCGGGGGCUUUUUAGCCUCAUUUUGGAUGAUGAUUAAGUGGAUUAUCAACACGUAUUGGACUGUGGAGCAGAAGGAACAGUAUGAAGAUGGUUUCAAUAAGAUCUUGGUCGAGAAUCUUCAGAUCAAGCAUGGUGGGAAUGGCUGGGACCUCAAAUCAACAGCUAUACUUGUCACGGCUCGGACACCGCAGUAG